AAACUGUGGAAAGUGUCGUCAGCAGCCUGUCACUACACCGGUGUCGCCGCUGAGUUUGCCGGUCACUGAUUUACUCAUCGAUAUACUGUACGCUUGUCUCAACGAUAUUUCAGGAAAAUGGCCAAAAAGCGGAGAGAAAUGCGAGAGACGGACGGUUUGUCGUCGGGACAGGAGGAGGUGAAGUCCAAUGACAGUGACUCGCAGUUUCUGAAAGAGGCUCAACAUAGUGUAGGAGGUUCAACACGUAUGUCUCUGCUGAUUCUGGUGUCCAUCUUUGCCUGCUCCGCCUCAGUUAUGUAUCUGGUCUACAGGAACUUCCCUGAGCUUCCUGAUGAUGAAAUGGAAAAAAUCAAGAUCCCCAAAGACAUGGAUGAUGCCAAAGCUUUGGGAACAGUGUUGUCCAAAUACAAAGACACCUACUAUACCCAGGUGCUGGUGGCCUACUUUGCAACCUACAUCUUCCUCCAGACAUUUGCUAUCCCUGGAUCAAUUUUCCUCAGCAUCCUGUCUGGCUAUCUUUAUCCUUUCCCCCUGGCUCUUUUCUUAGUCUGCUUGUGCUCUGGCCUCGGUGCUUCCUUCUGCUACAUGUUGUCAUAUCUGGUGGGAAGACCCAUGGUCUAUAAAUAUCUCACAGAGAGAGCACAGAAAUGGUCCCAGCAGGUUGACAAACACAGAGAUCAUUUAAUCAAUUACAUAAUCUUCCUGAGGAUAACUCCCUUUCUCCCCAACUGGUUCAUCAACAUCACCUCACCUGUCAUCAAUGUGCCUUUGGGGGUUUUCUUUGUUGGGACCUUUCUUGGAGUCGCACCACCAUCCUUUGUAGCAAUCAACGCGGGUACAACACUCUACAAACUGACCACAGCGGGCGAGGCCGUGUCCUGGAACUCCCUGGCUGUGCUUGGAGUACUCGCUGUGCUCUCGAUCCUGCCCGUCUGCUUCCAGAAAAAGCUACAGCAGAAACUAGAGUAGAACUCUAAACACCUCAGCACCUCAUCUGCUGGCUGAUUCCAACGCCCCCCCUCCCUCGGCUCAGGAACAUGCAGCUGUCAUGAAGCUGCUCUGUGUCCGUGUCAAGCUGCCGGCCGUCGAGAAGUCUUCAGGAGCCGUCACAACAGGCACCCACUGACUACAAAAUGCAUGCAGUGGUGGGCUGUUCCUCAUGUUAAGUAAAAACUGUCUGCUGCUUGUGUAUCUUUUUAGUUUUUUGUGACUUAUGUUUCUGAUUAUGGAACAUCUUGUAAAUAAGAAAUUAUGUUUUUAUUUAACACACUGCUUAUUAUUAAUUAUUUGGUCCUUUUCUGACAGUUAAAGGUGCUACUAGUAGGAUGCUUUAAUUUUUGUUUUAAUGUUGCAGAUAUCAGUUUUUCAGUGUGCUUUUCCUGGAGAAGCAGUGCUCAUGCUGCUCUAAAAGUGCCAUCAGAACCUUGUUAAAGCUAUUGUGAGCAUGUAUUUUCAGUUAUUAGAGUAAUGGUUAGCUUUGCUAUGGCAGUAAUGCCUCAAUUACUACAUCCUGGUGGAAGCACAUCUAACUCUCACUCGCUUCUCAACUGUCUUAUGUCUAGUUUCAGCCUAAUGAAGUGUACCACCACAGAAAUAACUGUCACUACAUUUAAACGGAAAUCUUAGUUUUAAAAAGGACAUUUUUACACAGGGUGCUCAGCUAAACAAACACUGUAUUCCAUGUAAAGGGAAAAAUAGAAGUGAUCUCUACUUUGAUCUACAUUUCCCCCCUUGUUGUUACUCAGAAGUUAUGCAGGUCCACUGCUACACAACACCAUGUUUAUGGUCAUCAUCUCAGUUCACAUAGGUAGCAUCAAUCAGUACUUUGCUACUGCAGCCUGUAAAGACCACACCAAGCUGCUGUAGUAGUUCCUGAUAGAACAUUCAAGCAUUGCUUCUCUCUCACUGCUGUGCUAGGUACACUAAAAAUUGAAUAAUAAUUAUGUCAACACACAUUUUUGUUUUUUUGUUUUUUUUAACACUUGUAACCUAGAAAAACAAAACAAAAAGCAAACCAGAGUAAUGUUAGUUUAUACAUUUUCUUAAUGGAAUUUGUGAAAUGGGUUAAGCUUUGGAUGAAGUGGUAAUAAUGCACUUGUAUGUAUGUGUGCAUUUCCACACCUUAGUUGUUAUGCCCUUAAAAACUUAGCUUUUCUUUGUCUAUACACAAACAAAGAGACAUGUUCUUAAUAAGAAAGCCAACAGACUUGGAGAUAUUGAAUCCUUGCCUUGUUUUUUUUCCAGUCUUCAUCAGGAGAAGUUAUUAUACUUGAUUAUAAAAAUAUGUUGAGUUUCAAAAAUGGUUUUAAUGGCUUAUUCUAACUUAAAGAAGAAAUGUGAACCUGAAUGGUGAUGCUAAUGAACGGACUUGUCCAUAAUCUUUUUCACUUGCACAUGUAAAGGAAGGAAUUUGGGCAUUUGGACGUUUCUUGGUUGUCUUUUAAUGUCUUAAUACAUAACAGAUUUACCGCACACAGAUUAGUUAAUGACCUGUGAAUCAAGAUUAGAAAUAUAAAUGUCGAUUUAUGUAGUCCUGUUGGGUUUAUUGUUAAAAAAAAACCUGCAGUACACCAUUUUCUUUUAAAAUGAACCCGAGGUAUGUAGUUAAGUAAACUGUUAACUAAAUUUUAA